GUAGGUUGCUUAAGUCCAAAGCCAAAACCCAUAAAAAAUAUGAAUAAUGAAAAAUACAUAAUCGGCCGGCCGCCAUCAUUAACUUCCGAUCAAGUUACCGAAACUCUGCAUCGGACCCGGGUUUUUUCACUUUCCUCCCCAUUUUCCCUCACUUUCUCUUCAUCCAAGUAAACCCCGUCUCUUUCCACCAAGCUGAAAAAUCAAAAAGUGAACUUUUUUUUCCUUCUCUCAAAUGGAUUUCAACGAACUAGAAGCAAUCGAGGGCCUGCGAUGGCCGUGGCACUCAUGGCCCACAUCGAAGCCCGACGCCGCUUCGUUGACGAUCCCACUCUCCGUCAUGUGCACGCCGUUGACGGAGUUCUCGGAGCUCCCGAUCCUCCCUUACGAGCCUCUCGUUUGUUCCAAAUGCGGCGCCGUUUUGAACCCCUACGCGCGCGUCGAUUACGCUCACCGUAUCUGGUUUUGCUCCUUCUGUUUCUCCAAAAACCGUUUCCCUCGAACCUACUCUUCUUCCCUAGAAGAAUCCAACCUCCCGGCCGAGCUCUUCCCCAAUUACAGCUCCGUUGAGUACGCAAAGACCGUUCAUUCCGCUCCCAAGCCUAUGAGGUCGUUGUUGUCGUCGUCGUCGUUGUCAUCGAUGACGUCUUCGAUGUCCGGAGAGGUGGGGGGAAGAGGGCCGGCGUUUGUGUUCGUGGUUGAUGGUUGUAUGGAGGAAGAGGAGUUGAGAGCCGUUAAGAGUGAGCUGCGGCGCGUGGUGGAACAGUUGCCCGAGAAUGCGUUGGUUGGCUUGGUUACAUUUGAUGCGAUGGUGAAUGUGUAUGACCUCGGGUUUUCGGAGUGUUUGAGGGUUGUCGUGUUUCAUGGUGACCGCGAGCUUUCUUCCCAGCAGGUACAAAAGUUUCUCGGAAUCGGUGGUACGAAUAUGCAGCAACUUGGAAAGUGUCCUGCUAUCCAAAAGCAGAGUUUUCUGCUGCCAAUAUCGGAAUGUGAAUUCAGUAUAACGUCUGCAAUAGAGGAAAUCCGUUCCUCUGUGCAGGUGACACCAGGUCAUCGGCCUCAAAGAUCUACUGGAGCGGCAAUAGCUACUGCACUCGGACUUUUGGAAGGAUGCUUGGUUAACACGGGGUCCAGAAUCAUGGUCUUCACAGCUGGACCUGCUACUCGUGGCCCUGGGAUUGUUGUAGAAUCGGAUCUUGCUAUUGCAAUUAGGAAUCAUAAGGAUCUCGUAAACGGUCAGGCACCGUACUACCAGAAGUCUUGCGACUUUUAUAAGAGAUUAUCGCAGAGGCUAUGUGAUUCAUCUAUUAUUCUUGAUUUGUUCGCUUGUUCUUUGGAUCAAGUUGGAGCAGCGGAGCUUAAGGUCCCUAUUGAGAGUUCGGGGGGAUUCAUGAUUCUAGGGGAGUCUUUUGAAUCCGAUCAAUUCAGAAAAUGCAUGCGUCAUAUAUUUAGUCACAAUGAAGAGGGGAAUUUGAAGAUGUAUUUCGAUGCAACCAUCGAGAUAGUGACUACUAAAGACUUAAAAAUCUGCGGAGCCCUUGGACCUUGUGUUUCUCUUCGGAAGUUGAAUACUUUGGUGUGCGAGAAUGCAAUCGGGGAUGGUGGUACUUAUAUGUGGAAGUUGGGGAGACUUACUAGUAAAACAUGUAUUGCUUUCUUCUUCCAAGUAAGCUAUGAGCAUAAACCUCAACCUGGGGCUGCCUUUUUGAUACAGUUCAUAACACGCUAUAGAGAUGGGAACAUGGGAAUUCGGAAACGGGUGACAACCGUUGCAAGGAGAUGGGUUGCGAAGCAGUCACCGGAAAUUCGUGCUGGCUUUGAUCAGGAAGCAGCAGCUGCAGUUAUGGCCAGACUUGCCAUCCAUCAAGCAGAGACAUGUCUUGCUGGAGAUGUUAUCAGAUGGAUGGAUGAUACACUUAUAUGGUUUGCUUCCAAGUUCGGAGACUAUAUACAAGAAGAUCCUUCGUCUUUUCGUCUUGCAUCAAACUUCUCGCUUUAUCCCCAAUUCAUAUUCUAUUUAAGGAGGUCCCAAUUUCUUGAUGUCUUUAACAGCACUCCCGACGAGAGUGCAUUCUUUCGACUGAUGCUGAAUCGGGAAGGAGUUACAGAUUCUAUUGUCAUGAUCCAACCCACACUUCUACAAUAUUCCUUUGAUGGACCUCCAGUUCCGGUUCUCUUAGAUAUUCGCUCGUUAUCCCCGGAUGUUAUUUUACUCUUCGACUCGUACUUUUGUGUGGUUAUUCAUUAUGGAUCCAAGAUUGCUCAAUGGAGAAAGCUCGGUUACGAUAAAGACCCGAACCACGGGAACCUGAGAAAGUUGUUCGAGGCCUCGGAGCUCGAUGCAGGUCAAUUGGUGGCCGAACGAGUUCCACCUCCAAAGCUUGUUAAAUGUGACCAGCAUAGCAGUCAAGCAAGGUUUCUUCUAGCAAAGUUAAACCCAUCGGUUACUCCAGAUUCGACUUAUUCGGAUGGUUCAGACAUUUUAUUUACAGAUGAUUUGAGCUUACAAGUUUUCAUAGAACACUUGCAAGCCCUUGCAGUGCAGGGCUAACUAAAUGAGAUUUUGUACACAUCUCUUUAGGGUUACAUAUAUUUGUUUAGUGUGAUUUCCAAACACAUUCGCUUUAGAUCCAUACAUAUGUGUCAUUUCUGCUACAACUCUAAUUUUACUUGUUCUUUAUGCCUUGGAUUUCUGUACUUUGUAAACUAGCAAUCAAAACUUAUA